AUGUCUCAACCCGACAAAGAGGUAUUCCUCAGCUACGGCAGAGAGCCCGAAGUGACCAACUUCGCACGCAAACUGAGAGACGACCUGGAGUCGAUGGGCUUCACGAUCUGGUUCGAUCAGACCGACAUCCCAGCAGGCUCCGACUGGCACGGCGCAAUAGGCACCGGACUCGACCGCUGCAAGGCCCUCAUUGCUAUUAUAACACACAAAUAUGUUGGAUCUCGAUUCUGCACCAGCGAGCUGUACACGGCGAGUAGUGACGGUAAAUUUGUGUUUCCGGUUUUCUAUGAGCAUCCCGACCUUUCGGCGUCAGAGAAGGCGCGAGGAGUUAAGUAUGUCAUUUCCGGUAUCAACUGGACGAUGUUUAGGCCUGGAAUGGAUGUGUAUGAUCAAUCGUUGCAGAAGUUGGCGGACGGGAUGUUUGCUAAAGGUCUGGGAAGUUGCCAAGCACAAGACUUUACACCAACAGGAGAAAGAAGGACCAGCUCGAGCUCUCAGCACGCAUUGCCAGCCGUUAGUCACUCAGAAUUGCCUCCGCCAUACUCAUGUAUAGACCUUAACCAACAGUUGCUUUACAAUCAUUCUUGUGGUGACCAGCAACUUCCAUUUGGCUGUGGAAUGUCUUCGACAUCUUCUCAACACUUUCCUGUACUUGGUCCAGGAGGCUAUCCUACUUCAAUGCAGAUGCCAUUGCCGGAUUUGUAUACUAAUGUGGCACCUGAAAUGUAUCCUUCUGCACCUCCAGUGGUGAGUUCUUUGCCGUUAAUGACUGGAUGCCAUUUAACUUCUCAUCAAGAGGACACUUUCUAUGAGCAAGUGAGCAAAUUGGAUUUGUUCAAAGACACUGAUCUUGAGCCGCAAGCAAAUUCAUUCAAAGUUGGAAUGAAGCUGGAAGCUCGAGACCGAAAGAAUCCGUCGAUGGUGUGUGUAGCAACUGUGACACGAGUACAGGACAAGUGCUUGCUGAUUCACUUCGAUGGGUGGACAGAGAAAUAUGACUAUUGGUGUGAGCAUACAAGCCAAGAUAUUCAUCCCAUCGGAUGGUGCAAACGUCACACGUACAAUUUGCAAUCUCCAAAAAGUUACAUGCCUUCGUCAGUUUUCGACUGGGCAUCAUAUCUUCGUGAUUGUAAGGCUCAUGCUGCUUCAGAAACAUUGUUUGUGCAGGAGCAGCUUGAAAUCGGACCUCCAGCAGCACUAUCAACUAACAAUACAACAGAUCAAUGCAAGUUCAGUCCAGGCAUGCGGUUAGAGGCAACUGAUCGAAAGUAUCCGACAUUGAUUUGUGCGGCAACAAUCGCAGCAGUCAAAGAUCACCAACUUCUAAUCCACUUUGAUGGCUGGUCCGGUGACUACGACUACUGGUGUGAUUGCAAGUCAACCGACAUUCAUCCAAUAGACUAUUGUAAACGAACGGGUCACAAACUGCAAGCUCCAAAAGACAUCGAUUUUGAUGGCUGGCCGAAAUACUUGAAAUCAGUCAGAGCAAUAGCUGCACCGGAAAGUAUUUUUGAACCAGAUCAGUGUAUUCCGAGCAAGGAAGUAUCGAAGGAAUCUCAUCAGCCACAGCAAUUUGUAAAGGGAAUGAAGCUGGAGGCCGUCGAUCGGAAACAUCCGUCUCUUGUGUGUGUUGCAACAAUUGCCAACGUAGAAGGCUCCAAAGUGUUGAUUCACUUUGAUGGCUGGACUAACAAGUAUGACUACUGGUGCGAUGAUGUUUCAGGCGACCUACGUUCAGUCGGAUGGUGUAAAAGAAAUCAUGUACCUCUACAAGCUCCAAAAGGAAUGCGGACUUUCAUCUGGAGAGACUAUCUCAAGAUGACUGAAUCUGUUGCAGCUCCUGAGCAUCUGUUUCAUAAAAAAUCAUGACCAACAAAGUGGUAACAGGAAGCUAAAAAUUAAUUUGACACGCGGUUUUACCCAGGUUGUGCGCAUGAGCAAUCUAUAAACUACAAUAGUAUCCAUACAUUGAACAAACUCUUGACGACUUAGAUGCAUGGAGUAGCUGUGGAUGUCGUGUGACUAUCAGAUUUAAU